AAGAAGGCUGCCAGAGUUAGCCGCCAGUCCCGUGUGCCUCUGGGCUGAGUCUCCCUCUCUCUCUCUCUUAAGGGAGACGGACAGAGAAAGUGAGCAAGGGACGAGGGAGAGAGAGAGAGAGAGAGAAAAAAGGAGAAAGUGAGGGAACAGGAAAGAGGAGAAGCAGAAAGACAGGAAAAUCUAUCAGAGGAGAAAAGAGACGGCAAAAAGUGACAGAAGAGGAGGAGAAGGGAGAGUUUAAGACUGAUAAAAGUAUCAGUCUUUCUUUUUCUCCCAUAAAAGAAGUAGAAAUGGCCGAGAACGACACAAAUCUUUUCCUGGAAAUACUUCAGUCUUUUGAUGCUGUCCCUCUCAUAAUAGCCUUUUGUGUGUCCAUGGCUGUUGGUCUGGUCUUGGGAGCGCUGGUUUAUGUAAUCUUGACCUGGAUGUCCCGACGCAGAGCAGGGUCUGCAAGCAUCACCCGUCGUCCUCCCCGCCAUUCCCGCUCCUCCUCCCGCAACCGCCCUGGCUUUAACCGUAACAGCAGCUACGACCGGCGCAGCAACAACAGCCUGGUCAGCGCUGCUUUCAGCUUCCACCGACAGACGUCCUCUCCGGAUCAGUUUGACCCACUAGGGCACAAAUCGAGCUUCAGGGCCUCCACCUUCCACCCUCUCCUCCAGUGCAGUCAAAUCGCCAGGGAAGCAGAGGAAGGGAGCCAGACCACGCUGCCUCGCACACCAACUCUGACCACGUCAACUGGAUCGGCUCACACAGGAGCCCAGCAAGCUGCUAACCCAUCAAGACCAGAAUCGUUUUGGGGGAAUGUUAACCUCAAGGGUCCUAGUGUGACACAGACCCCACCUCCAGCUUAUGAGAGCAUUAUUAGAGCUUACCAGGAAACUUGCACUUGAGAGGAGUGACACUGUCUGGCUGUCUGAUUUAAAAAUGAUAUUGGACUAAAUCUGUAUUGAGUCAUAAAAGCAGGGAGAGCUACAUGGAGAGGAAAGAAAUAUAAAGGCAAAGUAAGUUUGUUUCUUCAUAGUUAACUGGGGUUGACAUAAGCAUACAUGCCUUUCACCAUUUAAUACAUAUGACUAUUUGAAAACAGCUAUUUAGGACUCUCAGUGAUGUGACAGUGGCCUCUUGUGAACAAUUUCUUACAAAAAAAUUUGUAUUAAGUGGUGAUUGACACUUGUGUAUGCUUGCACAGAGCCAUGGUUUAAUUUAGAUAAUGUAAAAUCUUUUCACUACAUAUCUGUGAUGAACGGGCAUUUAAGCUGCAAAGUAAAAUGUCUUCUUUACCCCUGCUCAUCACUGAACAACUAUGCAAAAGAAAUAAUGGAUGUGUAUGAAUGUGUAUGAGUGUAAAGUGAGUGAUUUUAAAGCCUUAAACAUACAUUGUAGAUGAUACGUCUACGGUGGAGACAGCUUUACUCUCAUUUUAUGUUUUAAUUGUUCCCUCAUGUUUUUACAGGGCUGCGGUGUGUGAGUGUGUGUGGCAUUCAAACUUAUUUAGUGCCUGUGUUAGCAUAUAAAGUGUGCCUGAUUUGGAGAAAGGGACAAAUUGGGCAUUUGAACUCAGAAGUUUGUAUAUUGUAUUUUUGAAUGUAAUUUACUGAGAUUUUGCUCAUAACUUAAGGAAAUAAAUGCAAGAAUAAAAAGCA